CGCAUGUGACGCCGCGCUGGCCUAUGAAUCAAACAUACUGUGGCCUGUGGAUGUGUCCUUCAAGUCCCUUUCAAAAAUAAUUUUGCUUGGAAUUAUAAUUAUAAUUUCACAUUUUGUACCAUUUUUCAUUUUUCAUUUUUACUCUUAAAACAUGAACAGCUUCUUUGGCAGCAGCCCAAUUGGCCCGCCAAAGUCGUCGUCGCCAGCUUCAACCAAAGGAGCAUCCAGCACAACCAUAAACGGGGCCUCCGGCACAACAACAAACAGCAGCAACAAUAGCGGAGGUGGCUGGGGCAGCAUGUUUAAAAGUGCAUUGAAUCAGGUCGAAACUCAUCUAGACCGUUACCUCGAAUUACCCAAUGAGGGCGGACCACUGAAUGUACGAGGCGCGGUAGCUGGUCGUCAGCCAGCUCGCUCAACCACCCCGCGUCCGCGUCAGCCUACCACUGAUACCACUACAGCGAGCGCAAACCCGCUAGACAUAAUCAGCAGUUCGGCCAAGCAGACAGGCAACGGUUCGCGCUCACACUCGCAGUCGCGUGUCAACAUACCUCGCGACAUUAGCGGCACCAGCGGGAAUAGCAUCGCGACACCAGGGUUUGGGAGCUACACGAGCGUAUCUGACCUGGGUAGCAGGCAGAAGAACACAGUGGUCGUGGACAUCAAGGAUAACUCUGCCGACGCCGAAGGGCUGGACGCCAAUUUGCUCGAUAUCUUUGGUGUUAAGCUCAGUCAGGGGCAGAAUACCAAAGUACCGGUGCGAGUGCGGUGGGCUCGCCGCACCAGCAGCGAGCAGGCUUAGCAGGCAGCACUCCUUGGCCAGGGGCAGCAUGGAGCUACAGCAGCGAAUCGAGACGCAUAAUGAGUUUGAAUCAGCCACUACCCCCACCACCACCACAAGCAUGAC